UCUGCAAUUUUAAUAAGCAAAGUUAGAGAGUGCAACUGUCGUUCAUGUGACAGAUAUUAAAGAUGGCGCUAAAUUGUUUAUUGGUUAUUAUAUUCUUCAAUUUGGACUGUGUUAUAUCUGAAAUAAGUUUAAGAUUCAUAUUUAUAGUAGAGAAUCAUGAAUUUGAUCUUCCCGCGCAAAUUGGUGUUGCCAUUAAAGCGACGGAGCAAGCAAAACCGGAUGUACAGCUUAGCGAUGCUAUAAUACAACUGGACAGAGAGAAUGAAGAAGAAAGUUAUAGGAAAUUAUGUUCCGCUCUCGCUAAAGGAGUUACCAUUAUUAUCGACGUGUCCUGGUCUCCAUGGGAGAUGGUGGAUCAGCUCGGUAUACCAGUACUACGUACGUCCUUGUCUUCGCAGCAAUUAGUGACAGCCCUUGAUGGUUAUUUGGAAUCUAGGAAUGCGACUGACGCGGCUUUACUAUUGGAGAAUGAAAAUGAUGUAGACAGAACAUUAUACGAGUUAUUAGGCCGGUCUCAUAUACGUGUUUGGGUGCACGCGGGUCUUACAACAGAGUCAGCUGAAAUGCUAAGAUCUAUGAGACCGGAGCCGAGCUUCUUUGCUAUAAUUGGUGACAGUGGUUUCGUUAGAAACACAUAUAGACGAGCGGUAAAAGAGAAGCUAGUACUACGAGAGUAUCGUUGGAACCUCGUCAUCACAGACUACACAGGUCACUUCGAUGUGACACAGCUGGUACUUCCAGCUGUUAUCUUACACCUGGAUGCUACAGAGUGCUGUAAACUGCUAGCUCUGGACACCUGCGUCUGCCCUGAGGGUUUUCCGAGGAAGCAGUACAUCCUUAACAAUCUUCUGCAAUUCCUAGUAGACAUAUUCAGGAAGGUACCGGAUAGUUCUCCUUCUGUUAUAAGAUGUGAUGAAUCUAGCAAAGAAAAGACAGAUGAUGGAUUUUAUGAGCUACUGUCUGCGGAGACGUACGGGAAUGAUAGUUUGUUCUUUUGGAAUGGCGAAAGAUCCAGCCUUCUCAUAAGAUCUCGAUUUAUACUAUCUUCUGCGAAACCUGGAGUAUCAGAGACGGUAGCGAGCUGGUCAGCUGAUGAAGAGUACAAGCUGUUACCUGAUGCUGUACUGGAACCGAUCAGGACAUUCUACAGGAUAGGAACAGCGCCUGCUAUACCAUGGACUAUGAAGAAGCUGGACUCAACUGGAAAGGUUAUGUUGGACGAAGAGGGCAACAUCUUAUAUGAAGGAUAUUGUAUCGAUCUAAUAGAGAAACUUGCACAGACAAUGGACUUUGACUAUGAGAUAGUAACUCCUAAAUCCGGUGGCUUCGGACAGAGACUUCGUAACGGGUCGUGGGACGGACUUAUAGGCGAUUUGAUGACGGGAGAAACAGAUAUAGCCGUCGCAGCUUUCACUAUGACGGCAGAAAGAGAGGAAGUUAUCGAUUUUGUCGCACCGUACUUUGAACAAACGGGGAUCUUAAUAACGAUCCGCAAACCAAUACGUAAGACAUCUCUGUUUAAGUUCAUGACGGUGUUACGCACUGAAGUGUGGCUCAGUAUUGUCGCGGCGUUGAUACUGACAGGGGUCAUGAUCUGGUUAUUGGAGAAGUAUUCCCCUUAUUCCGCAAGGAAUAACCCUGAAGCCUACCCUUAUCCUUGCAGGGAGUUUACAUUAAAGGAGAGUUUCUGGUUCGCGUUGACAUCGUUCACUCCGCAAGGCGGGGGCGAAGCGCCCAAGGCGCUAUCAGGCCGGACUCUGGUGGCCGCAUAUUGGCUGUUUGUGGUUCUCAUGCUGGCUACAUUUACCGCCAAUCUGGCUGCGUUCCUCACCGUAGAGAGGAUGCAGACGCCGGUAUCCUCAUUAGAGCAGUUGGCGCGCCAAUCGCGUAUCAACUACACGGUUGUAGAGUCCUCUAAUGUACAUCAAUACUUUAUUAAUAUGAAGUUUGCUGAAGAUACAUUAUACAGAGUUUGGAAGGAGAUAACUUUGAACGCCAGUUCGGAUCAAGCCCAAUACAGAGUAUGGGAUUAUCCCAUUCGCGAGCAAUAUGGACAUAUUUUACUAGCUAUUAACGCUUCUGGUCCAGUAGUAGAUGCGAAAACUGGUUUCCAACAAGUCAACGAGCACACGGAAGCAGAUUUCGCUUUCAUACAUGAUUCCGCGGAAAUAAAAUACGAGGUGACGCGGAACUGCAACCUGACAGCAGUAGGCGAGGUAUUUGCUGAGCAGCCAUAUGCGCUCGCGGUGCAGCAAGGAUCGCGGCUGCAAGAAGAUUUAUCAAGGGCACUGCUGCAGCUACAGAAGGAGAGGUUUCUAGAACAAUUGGCUGCUAAGUAUUGGAAUGAGACAGCACGACAAAUGUGCCCCGAUGCGGAUGAGUCCGAAGGAAUUACUUUAGAAAGUUUAGGUGGUGUCUUCAUAGCGACUUUGUUCGGUCUUGGCUUAGCAAUGAUAACUUUAGCGUGGGAAGUAUUCUACUAUAAGAGGAAAGAAAAAAACAAAAAGCAUCAAAUCGAGGCCAUAGACAAGACAUUCCCGCCGAAGAAAAUUAAAAAGAAAUCGAAUAGUGUUGCCAGAUUAAGAAAAGUUAAUAUUAAAAAUGUUACUAUUGGUGAUAAAUUCAAACCUGUCACAGGAAAGGUUUCUUUUAUUAAUGUUUUGCCUAAGAAUGAGUUUGUAUCGUAGUUUGUUAAAAAUCGCUUGUAGAAAUGAAAAAAAUUAUAUUUUAUUUGUAAUUUAAGAUGUGGUCGCUAUUUAGGGGUUUUUACUGUAAUUUUAUUUUUGAUGCAUUAGCAAAACCCUUUAGUAUUUUAGUUUAGACAGGGCUGGUUUUAUGGCGCCCCUUAAUAGAAUACUGCAUAAAUGGGCGCCCUUUAUGUCGCCCCAGGGCGCCCAUUAUGUCGUCCCAGGGCGCCCAUUAUGUCAUCCCAGGGCGCCCUUAAUGUCGCCUGAGGCGCCCUUUAUGUCGCCCGAGGCGCCAUACCUUAAAACUGGUACUCAGUUUAUUACUAAGUUUAACUUCAUACCGCGUUUAUUUGUAAGGCUGUCAGUAUUUAGAGGUUAUAGUUUUAGAACGAGGAAAUAAAUUGUUGUUUGUUUUUUAAUUUCUUUUUUUAUUAAAUAGAAA